CAACUCCCCCCUUACCCCCACUACCCUACCCACCCCCACCCCACCCCCCAAUAUCAACCUUAAUUUCCAUCAUUUCAGCUACUUUCAGCUCAAAAACCUCAAUUUCAGGUCAAAACUACGUCGUUUUGAGCUGAUGGAGGAAGAAUUCGAGAGGAAGCCGAUUGAGGUUAAGGCGACUGAAGCUUUGGGUUGUGGAUUUGAUUUUGCGAGCGAUUUCAGGUUGAAGUUCGUAAAAAAAUGCUCAAACGGGGGUAGGUUGGUAAUUUUGGAUGAGAGGAAUAGGCGCAACGUUGUUGUUCCUGGUGGAGUUACCAUUCCUGAUGUUUCUGAAAAUAUAAGAUGUGAUAAAGGAGACCAUAUUCGGUUUAAAUCCGAUGUUCUUGAAUUUAAUCAGAUGUCAGAAUUGCUUAAUCAAAAAUCGUCGGUACAUGGAAAGGUUCCAUCAGGCUAUCUAAAUGCCAUGUUUGAUUUAAGUGGAGCCUGGUUGAAUGAUUCAGCAGAUGCUAAAUACCUUGCUUUUGAUGGUUAUUUUGUCUCCUUAUACUAUUUGCACCUGACGGCAUCCCCGUUAGUACUCCAAGACCAAGUAAAGAAGGCUGUUCCACCGCAUUGGGAUCCGGCAUCCUUGUCCAGAUUUAUCCGGACUUAUGGGACACAUAUCAUUGUGGGGAUGGGUGUUGGAGGCCAGGACUUACUUUGUGUUAAGCAGAAACCAUCGUCAGGAGUCCCUCCUGCUGAACUAAAAGGAUAUUUGGAUGAUCUUGGAGAUUGUCUCUUUUCCGACGGAACAAGUCCUCUGCCUGAGAUGAAGGCAAGGGAGAGUAAAAAGAAGGUCCCGGAGGUAUUCAAUCGCAUGUUGCAGUCGCAUACCAUGCAAUUUACCAGCAUAACAGAGACGUCAAGCAAGGAUGGCCUCACUAUAAUUUGGUCAAAAAGAGGUGGUGAUGUGUUUGCACAGAGCCACUCGAAGUGGCUUCAGUCCGUGGCUGCUUACCCUGAUGGCAUACUCUUCAGACUUGUACCCAUUACUUCGCUCUUAACGGGAAUUCCGGGGAGUGGCUAUCUCAGCCAUGCAAUAAAUUUAUAUCUACGAUAUAAGCCAGCUUUAGAGGAUUUACAGUGUUUCCUUGAGUUUCAAGUUCCUACACAGUGGGCACCAUUAUUCUGUGAGCUGCCUCUUAGGCAUCAAAGAAGAGUGGCAUCUUGCCCUGCAUUGCAGUUCUGUUUAUUCGGCCCAAAGAUUUGUGUGAGCCCUACCCAGGUUACUAGUGGUGAAAAGCCGGUCAUUGGUUUGCGCUUGUAUUUGGAAGGGAAAAAAUUCAACCAAUUAGCUAUACAUGUACAGCAUCUUUCUAGUUUACCGAACAUUAUGACAUCAAAAUCUGCUAACCCAACCUUACGCAAGCCAUGUCAGUGGCGAGGGUCUGAUGAUUAUGAAUCUAGUGACCAAUUCUUAGAACCGGUCAGAUGGCCAAGAUAUUCCAAUGUCUGCUCAUCUGUAGUUAAGCAUGAUCCAAGCUGGAUGCAAGGCGAGACUAGUGGCGUAUUUGUGGUAGCUGGCGCACAACUUAUCAGCAAAGGGAAAUGGCCUAAGACGGUGCUUCACUUGCGUCUACUUUUCACCCAUCUUCCCAACUGCACAAUACGAAAGACAGAGUGGGCAGCUACACCAGAGGGUACUCAUAGGUCAAGUUUCUUGACAAAUCUCAGCACAACUUUUACGUUCACUCAGCGAACAAAGGCAGAUGCUGCACCAAAGCAGCAUCCUGCUGCUCUUAAUUCAGGCGUAUAUCCAGAGGGGCCCCCCGUACCAGUUCGAUCAACAAAGCUGCUCAAGUAUGUAGAUACGGCUGAGGUUGCACGAGGGCCCUAUGACACUCCUGGACAUUGGUUGGUAACCGCUGCUAAGCUUGUUACAGAGGGUGGUAAGAUAGGUUUGCAUGUGAAGUUUGCACUACUAGAUUUCUUAAAUGAAUCAUAGUUUCUUUUGUGUACAUAUUCUGGGGUAGUCUUAUCUUCCAAUAUCUUGAUGAUAGAGCAUAUUGUUUAUCCAAGAAAUGGCAAAAAGGGGAGGAAAAUAUUAUAGAUGUUGUAUAGAAGCAAUUAGUGAAAUGAAUGGAUUUAUUUUUUGAUAUA